AUGUCUCAAACAAAACCCGAAACUAAAUAUUCAGCUCUGGUGGCACUGACACGUCUACAAGGCGUUGACGAAACGACAAUGGAAACAGUCCUCAACCAUUUCGACCCAGUCCUCUUGGACAACGUUUACCGCUCGGCCUUUCGGCUAGCCCAGGCCACCUGUGGCGCGGGAGUCUCCAACACGACCCAUCCAGACUGGUGGAUACCAUCACCGUCUCCACAAGCUUCCGGCGUUAUUAUCGACAAGAGCAGGGCAUGGCUUUGUCACCUUGCGGCAGACCCACGCCUCUGGCAACGAGAUGGCAUAUGGCGCCAGAGCCUCAGCAUCUUCUUCCUAACCUGGAUCUCCAGCACCUUCUUCUACUUCCUCUUCGGCACCGUCUGCUAUUAUCUCAACUUUGACCAGACCCAGAAGAAGCAGCCCAAGUACCGACCCAACCAGAUUCGCGCCGAGAUCACGGCCUCCCUGACCGCCUUGCUCAUCAUCAACGUGCUGACGGUGCCUAUCUUUAUGGCCCAGGUGCGCGGGUGGGCCAAGAUCUACCCGUUCGGGACGGGCAGCACUUGGUAUGUCAUCCCAACGCCGUUUGCCGCGUACGCCUUUGAGCCGAUCGAGGGGUGGAUCAUGAGCCUGCCCGUCUACGCCUACAGUUUCCUCUUCCCCAUGUCGGAUGUGGGACACCUUGUUGUCUUUUUCAUCAGCAACAUCUGGACCUUUCUACUCCAUGACAAUAGCGACCAGUUCCACACGGUGCAUCACAAAAGCAUCCAGUUCAACUUUGGGCAGUUUUCCGCCUUGUGGGAUAGGGUAGGGGGGACAUAUGCGGACCCCAGGGUAUUUUUCGAGCCUAAAGGUCUCAGGGAGAAGCGAGGUUCGGUGAAGUCCUUAGAGAUAGCAUAA